AUUUACGUACAGAAAAUUUAUUUGAUAAACAUAAAAUAAGAUUUCUUUUGCGUAUAUUUUUUGGAAAAAUAACCGUCCACAGUACAAGUAUUCGUAAAUAACAGAAAAGAGUAUUUUUGGUUAGUGGUUUUAGCAAGACGAUUGUGAAUCGAGCUAUUAAGUUUUUGCAACAAAUAUUCACUGGAUAUUUGAUGUUAAAAAGAGGUGACUUUGACAGGCCAAUCAGGGUCAAAUAUGACAAUCCACUGACUCAUUUAGGUCUGCUGAUUUGAAAAGCAAUGCAUCAAAAAGGGCAUUGGUAACUUGUCCAUUCUAACGCUUAAUUAUAAUAUAACGCUUAUAUUAUACAAUGCAAUUAGUUGGCUCAUAAGUGUUUAAUUGACCAAACCGACGACUUCAAUUGCCACAACUGUCAGCUCUGCGAUACCAGCAUUGAACUGGAUUUUAUCCGGCCAAGGACUGUUCUUUCGGCGAUCUAACCUUGUUUGGAUCGGUAUGGAACAAAUAACUCUAUUUACUCCUUAAUUAUUUCAGCUAAUGGAGCUGUUGACGGAUCUGGACCAUAGACAAUUAGUCUUAUAUGAGUACGUUCUAGUGUCCGUUGGGUUUACGAAACAACAACAAUCAGUAUUUGUAUUUUAUCAUUUCGCUAAACUAUUGGAGCAAUUCGAGCAUGCAAAUAUUUAUGUAGCUGCUCCGAGACCGUGAGUGGAACCAAAAUUCUGAUCGCCUUAUACACCUCUCUUUUAGGUUUAGGUGAGUGAAGUUUGGAGAUGGGGCACUAGUAUACCCACCCAUUCUAUAAAAUGGGUGCUAAAUCUUAUAACGGUAAUUUCAAUGUAACUAAAAGAGGGAUAGCUAUCUAACAAUAACAACAGCGCCAUUAUCCCUUCCUACUGAAGUAUUUAGCGAUUUGUUUCACCAGAACUAAGCAUUCGCCAACAUUGGAUAUGUAUAAAACCAGUCCAUAAAGUAUCCACAUAUGAUUAAUUCAGUAAAUGGAAUACAAAAUGUGAUUUAAAUAGUCAAAGAGCUAGAAUACUAUGAAAUGGUUUAUUCGUGAACUCGUAUAUAUUCAAACGUAAAAUUAUAGCGUAAUGUAAAUAAUUAGUAUUUGUGCAUAUUGCAUUUGAAAUAAAUAAAAUUUUUGUACACUUGCAAUUCAAAUAAAUAAAUAAUAGUAAACUGAGAUAUGUAAAUAAGUGGUAUCCGGUAUUGUUACAUAUUUGCGACUUAUAGUGUUGUCUAAUAGUCAACGUACCGGUGUUCGGCGUUUUAUAAAUUUUUUUGUAAGAUUUGCUGUUUAUUAUGAGUCACUGUCAGGAGAUCACAGCUACCACAAAGGAUGGCGGAAAACAGGUGACAAAAGACCAUAAUCUCGUAUUGUCUGACUGAUUGACGGUGCGCAAGAUAGCUAAGACAGUAGACAUCUCAAAAGAUCGCAUUGAUUAUAUCCUACAUAAAAUAUUGCACAUUACAAAGCUUCCGGUAAGGCAUGGUCUAAAUCUACUCUACUCGAAGACAGGCAAAACUGUAAUAGGGGCUCUACUAUUCCGAAUUAUUGAGCCAAAGAAAAAUCGACCUCAAUUGGCGAAGAAAAAAGUACUUUUCCACCAAGAAACCCGAUGCGAAGGCAGAUGAGCUGCGUUUUACUGAUUUUUCAAAAAGCUUUAUGUAGUGUGUACAGUAUGAACAACCCUAUAUUUACUUAUGAAAAUCCACUGUUGUAAAAUGACGCGAUUUUUCAAUGUGUUUACAGACUACAAUACGAUUCCGUCUUUGUUGGCACCUCGUUUUUUUCUACUUAUUAAUAAUAAACUAUUAAUUUUUGCGCAUUCGCAGAUCGAACACCACAAACCGCCGCUGCCGCCACCAGCAUGUGUCGCCACCACACCUUACCGCCCACAAUGACUAUUGUAAACAUUCGCAACAACAAUGUAAACAUAAACAUCGUUGACAUCGUCUUCGUCGCUGUGUUCGGCCAAGUGAAUUGAAUGGAAAGUGAGCGCCAGCGAGAGAGAAGGGCGCUUCUAUUCACUGGCAUUGACAUUUGUGUGUCGAAAGGAAAAUAAAGCAACAACACACAGAUAAUAAACUGUAAAAUUUCUUGGCUUAAAAUUUCUGCUCUUUGCCGGCAGUUGCGGUGCGUUCGAAGUGUAGUAUUUACGUUUGUAUGUAUGUGUGUGUGUAUGAAUUUUGGUUUGGUUGUGCAAUUAUGACGCUGUCAGUGCAAGGCAAGGCAAGUGGCGUAGAAACUCGCAGAUGCAAUCUAUAUAGUUUCAUUUCGGUUUCAGCAACGGCUGUGCUCGGUGGACAACUUGCGACGUUUCGUAUACACAGUACCUGUAAUCGUGAAUUGGGCCGCGCUUUUGAAAGCUGUGACGGUGAUAAUUGAUUAAGUGGUGCUAUUAGUGGAUUAGAAGACGCUUUCGACAGUUCGACUGAAAAUGCUUAAAUCGAUAUUAACAUUUGCAGAUCAGUUUUUAAGUUUGAUUAUGGGGUACAUCAUGCGGCGCUUUCUGCGGUCGGCCAUGAUCGUCUUCAGUUGGUUCGUUGUACCCUACAGUCGCUUCACCAACAUCAAAGUGAAUCGCAAAAAGUUGCCGCCCAUACGGAGUCAUCUGCUGGAAAUACCCGCCGUCGAUUUGGCCAAACUGAUUCGCAAUGGAAAGAUCAAAAGCGAAGAGGUGGUCGAGGCGUACAUCGAGCGGUGUAAUCAGGUGAAUCCGUUGAUUAAUGCGAUUGUGCAGGAUCGCUUCGAAGAGGCGCUCGAGGAGGCACGGGAAACUGAUCGCCUUAUCGCGUCUGGCAUCAACACCAUCGAGGAGAUGGAGGAACAUACACCACUGUUGGGCAUACCGGUAACGGUUAAGGAGAGUAUCGCUGUCAAGGGUUUAACCAAUCAGGCGGGACGCGUUUUCAAAACACCACAAAUUGCUAAAUCCGAUGCGCCUGUGGUGGAGCAGAUCAAACGUUGUGGAGGCAUAAUAAUGCUGGUAUCGAACACACCGGAAUUGUGUUUGCUAUGGGAGACCUAUAACAAUGUGACGGGUCAAACGAAGAACCCGUACGAUUUGAAGCGCACACCCGGUGGCUCUUCGGGUGGUGAGGCUGCUUUGUUGGCGAGUGGUGCUUCGCUGUUGGGGCUCACUUCUGACAUUGGUGGUUCGUCACGUCUGCCUGCCAUGUUCAGCGGUAUUUGGGGACACAAACCAACACCAUACUCAGUUUCAUUUAAGGGUCACCAUCCGACUAGCGAUUACCCCAAAUGGGGUGAUUUCUUUACCAUUGCGCCGAUGACACGUUACGCUAAGGAUCUACCAUUAUUGCUCAAAUGUAUGUUGGAUCCUACUGGACCUAAGCUGACACUUGAACGUGAACUUAGUCCACAAACCAUACGUUUCUUUUUUAUGGAUAACGAUGGUCCAUCGGGCAUGAUGCGUCCGCUGAGUCGGGAUCUGCAUGCCGCCAUCAAUCGCGUGGCCACCGAUUUCAAUGCAAAACGUGUCAAUAUUAGAAAAAUGAAACUGUCACUAGAUAUUUCACUAUCCGCCAUGCUGACCAUGAAGAAUAUUGAAACCAUCUAUUACAAAACAGAAGAAGGCGAACGCCCUAAAACCGUAUGCACCGAAACAGUUAAAUACUUUUUCGGCUGUUCGGAUAGCAUAUUGCCGUCGGUGAUAUUCGGACAUUUGCAAAAUUUCAUGAAAAUCAUACCGAAUUCACGCCACAAGCACUUGGCCACUAUCAUUGAGGCGCUCAAGACUGAAUUCAAAGAGCUGCUCGGCAACGAUGGCGUCUUUCUCUAUCCAACAUUUCCGAAUACGGCGCAUCAGCAUUAUCAAAUCUACCACAAGCUGUUGGAGCCCAUGUAUAUGGCAAUAUUCAAUACGCUGGGCUUGCCCGUCACCAACUGUAUGAUCGGUUUGGAUCGACGUAAUCUGCCAAUGGGCAUACAAGUGGUGGCGAAUCCGGGACAGGAUCAUCUCUGCUUGGCGGUAGCGCGUGAAAUGGAGCGACGCUACGGUGGUUGGGUGCGACCGCCGUCAGAGGAGUCCGCGAAGCGAGUCUAAAGCAAUAGUAAGGAGCAGAGUGCGACAAAGAAAGUGAAAGCGCAUUUGUGUGAGAGCGAGAAAGCGACAUUUCAUAAUUGUAGAUAAACAUAAGGUGCAAAGGAUGUGUCUAUAAUGCUGCGUUUGCAGUCUAACCUAUCUCAGUAAUUCCGAAGAAUAUAUAAGCUGGAAUGUAGCGGUUGUGCUUCUACACACUUUAGUGUCUCACUUGUGCUACACAUGCUCUGAGUUUAGUAAAGCUCUUGGACGUAAAUUUUCGAAGCUUUGCAAAGGGACUGAUGUUACGUUAUAAAAAAAAAUUUUUUUUGAUAACUCUAUUUACAAUAUAUAUACAUAGAUUUAUUUUUAAUUUAUAAAUCGGGCGCAUCACAUUUUUGUAAUUAAAAUUAAAUUUGUUUUGUCAUCAUGAGUAUUUAUAGAAAAAAUACACUUUUUCAUAAUUUAAAGACUUUUGUAAAUUUCAAAAAUAAAUUUAAUGUGAUUUUUUCCUUAUUAAGGUUUCCAUUUUCUCAAUUAUUGCUGGCGUUAUUAUUAUUAUUAUUAUUAUUAUUUUAAUUAAUUAUUUGAUAUGAAAUGUGUUGGGUCUUGUAAAAAUAAAUCCAUUAUUUUUGCAAUAGAUAGCUUUAGUAAUCUGUAAAAAAAUCGUUUGUUAAUAUUUAUAUAACGAUGGAUUUAAAAAGAAGGUCGUUCUAUGUCUAAGGUCCACGAGUUAACGCAAAAGAGGACCAAAUUUUCAUCUGCGAAUCGCUGUUGAAUCACAAUAAAAUCGAUCCAUCCAUUUCAAAAGCGGAUGGUUACUGGUGAUGAAAAAUGGGUUACGGUCGUGGUCGAAUCGUUGUAAGCCGGCGCAAAUGGUGGCCUAGCCAGUAAUGACUGUCAGGAAGGGUUUGCUAUGUGUUUGGUGCGAUUGGCAGGGAAUCAUCUACUAUAAACUACUCCCGCACGACUAAACUCUUAAUUCAAACCUAUACUGUCAGCAAUUGGACCGUCUAACGUAAGCAAUCGUCCAGAAGGGACCAGCUUUGUCCAAUAGGAGAGGAGUUAUGUGACAUCACGGCAAUGCUAGGCCCCACACAUCGAUAAUGACUCGCCAAAAGCUCCAGGAGCUGGGUUGGGAUAAUUUUAUGCAUCUACUUCAUAGUUUGAACCUAGCAUCAAGUGAUUACUACCUGUUCCUGUCUCCGGCAAAUGACUUUGCUUGUGCAAAAUUCGCUUCAGGAGCAGCUUGUGAAAAUCGAUUUUUUGCCAAUAGGAACGAAGGUUUCUAUGCCGUUCCCACGACAGUCGGGUCUACGUAACCGGAACGGACCCAGAUUUAUUCCGGCCAAGGACUGUCAACUCGGUAGAAUUCUGCCGCUACAACAACAACAACAACAACAACAACAGGGUUUCUAUGAGAUUACCUUCAACAUGCCAACAAGUUGUCGAACGAAACGAUGCUUAUUUCAAUUUAUUUACUGCAAAAAUUAUGGAUUUAUAUUUGCUAGACCUAACAUUAACAGACAUGUACUUCAUGCAUAAUCUAAAAACAAAAACAACAAUUAAUAAACUGUGUUGUUACUUGGACCUUAAAAAUGUCACUUAUUGCUAUACAUACAUAUAUAUAAUAUUUCGUUUCUAGGAUGCUAGUAUAUAUGCCAAUAACUGUCAUACAUCACGCACACUAUCAUAUUCCAUUAAUAAUUAAUUAAUUAAGCCAACAACAAUCCAAAAAAAGUAUCAUACACGAUUAUACAUUAUGAUUAUUGUAAACAAAAUUUAUAAAAAUAAUUGUUAUACGAGUACUUGAAAAAAAGCAUAAUUAUAGACUAUAAACAUACAUACAUACAUACAUAUAUUGUAUAUGUACAUAAAUAUAAGCAAGCAUGUGAGCUGAGUAAUUGCAUAACUAAAUAAUGACCAACAGUUUUCGAAUAAACAAUCAGCGAAAAUUUCGAACAUACUAGA